CUCUCGAGGCGGAUCCCGGAGGCCAUAGGGAAUAGUUCAGGGGCUUGCCGGUCAGACUGGAGCCUGGGCUUCACUCAGGAAUGGCACUUCCUGGCCGUGGCAACCCUCUGAGAGUUUCGGAGGGCCGGGGAGUGGGUGUGCCUUGGGUGCCCAGGCUGUAUGUGAGGCGGGACCUGGGCAGCAGAGCCAGAGUUUAGAUUUGAGGCAGGGCCUAGGUUUGGGGAUCCAGGCUCAAGUUUGACAUAUGAAGUCUCUGAAUAGUAUUGGCGACUUGGGGGUCACCGAUUAGAACCUGUAGUCUUGGGAUUUGUGUCUGGAUAGAACAAUUUUUGGGAAAAAUGAAAAUCUUGGGUUUUGUGACUGGAAACUUUCCUGUUGGAAUCAGAGAUACUAAUGUGGGAAUCUAGAAGCCUAGAGUAUAAUUUAGGGGCCUGAGGUCUAAUUUUGGAAAAUUGAAGUCUCAGUAUAGAUUUAGGGUCUAGAAUCUUAAUAUAGAAUAUGAGGUGUGAGAUUUAGGGUCUGGAGUCCCAGUUUGGAACUUUGAGAACUGUUAAGUCCUGGAGUCCCCCAGAUUGAAUAUGGGGCUGCAGUUUUAGAGUUUGGGUUUUAGAUAGAACUCACAUGUGAGAUCUCAGUUUAGUCUUAGGGGCACAGUUUGAGGGUCUGAAGAGACAGUUUGAGGGUCUAGAGGUCUUCCUUUUCAGAUCUGAGGUAAAUUUUGGGGGUUGAGGUUUGCUUUGGGGAGCUCAGGUUUCUUACUUUAUUUAGGGUUUGGGUUCUCAAUAUUAAGAUUUCUGGUCUGUGUUCUUAAUACUAGAAUUGGGCUCAUAUUUGGAGAUCAGAAGUUGACAGUUUAGGGGUCUAGAAUACCUCAGUAUUAGAGUUUAAGGCUUUUAGAUUUGGGAAAGUCUCCUUUUUAGGCUCUAGGUCCUCAUUUUGGGCAUUUAAAGUCAUACGGUUGCUGUCUUAAUAUCAUAGUUUAAAUAUCUUAAGUCACAGUUUUCAGGUCUGCUCUCCACUGCAGAGUCUGACAUCUCAUUAUUAAGACUAAAGCUCUGAAGUCAAAGUUUGGAAAUCUGCUUUUAAUUUUAGGUCUGGAUCAUGAUUUACAAGCCCAAAUUUACAACUUGAGAUUCAUGGACUUCAGUUUAGACUUUGGACAUUUUCAUUUGUUCUAUUGGCCUGUGUUUAUGGGGACUCAGAACUUUUGGGGGGAUCUCUUGAGUGCUCAAAGGAGCACCAUGGUGGGAAAUGAGGUGGCCUAUCAUGCUGUGCAUUCCUCUUGGAAUCCCAGAGGUCACUAAUAAUUCUUUCUUUUCCCCUCUUUGCAGAUGUGGGAUUCCAGCAUACACGUGUGUUCUCCUGAACAGCCCAGAACCAACUCCCUGAGUCCCAGUGACAGGAAGCAGAGGAAAAACCACACCAGCAAACUGCAAGAGCUGGCAUUGCUGCUGCCCGUGACCCUGAAGACUGGUACCAAGAAGCUCACCAAGAAGGAGAUUCUCUUGCACGUCCUGCAGUACAUUCACUACCUACAGAGCUGCAUCAGUGUGGCCAAGGCCUUGCUCCAACUCCACACCACCCAUGGGCAAGGCGGCCUCGGGGGGCUGGGUUGGAACCCUGCUGCAGGCUCUGCAAAGCAGAGACUCUCCACCCCGUCCAGCUCCCCACACUCUCAGAAGUCCCGUCUUUGGGGAGCAUGCCGAAAACCUCGGAAGAAAAAGCCAACCCGAGUGUCAGAAUGCCAGACCCGGGCCCAGAACCCUCGUCGUUGUCUGGCCCUGGAGAAGCCUGAGAAGCUGGAGACCCCAUCUCCAGACCAGAAAGGAGGAAACAUGGUGGAGACCAUCACCCCUCCAAGAUGCUGGGACUCCUGCAAUCUCCCCAAGGCUGAGACAUCCUCAUCUCAAGGCUGCUGUGUAAAAGAUGAUACUCAGGAUUUGGGGUCUUAUCCUGCUUUUGAAGCCCAGCAAGGGGUCAAGAUGAUCCAUUUUCUCAACAAGACCCCGCCUGGUCCCAGGGAGAAGCUGGUGUUCUAUGAUUCUGGCAAGGAGGUGGGCAAGGAGUCUCCAAAUGCCGACCCUUGGCUUCCUGCCUGGACUGCAGAGGGCAGCCCCCAAGAGAGCCCACUGGCCUUGGGGCUUCCCCAGAUUACCAACGAGAUCGAGACAGACCCCCUGAAGGAGAUCCUAGGGCUCAGCCCCUCCCUCUUCAGCUCCCCAGGGAAACUGCUGCCCGAACAGAUCCUGGAGGACGGCAAUGAGUACCUGACCCAAGCUCUCUUUGAGGAAAUACUGUUAGAUCCUGCAUAUUCACCUUCUGCCUGCAUCUUCGAGGAUCCACAGAAGGACACUCAGGGUGACCUCGAGGACCUGCAGUCCUCCAGCGACGAUGGGGACUACACGUGGACCCCUACCCGGCGGAUCUCACUCCUGCCCACAGCCGGGAGGAAGGCCAGGAAGGGCCGGGCCAGCCGGCGUCCCUCCAAGUCCAAGGGGAGCAAGAAAGCCCCUGGCACCCCCCAGAUGAAGAAGAAGUGUGUCAACGGCUUCAUCAUGUUCUGCAGGAUGAACCGGAAGCAGUACAUCCGAGCCUGCCCUGGGACCGCAUCCACGGCUGCCACCAAGGAGCUGGCUCAACUCUGGCGGGUGAUGACCCUGCAGGAGCGAAAACCAUACUGCACCAAGGCGCGCAGGUUCAGCCGCCAGCACAACCGGAUCGUGAAGCAGGACAGCUCCAGCAGCGAGGACGAGGACUGGGAGACCCCCAAACCCUUCUACCAGCUGUUGGCCGAGAAGGCCCGAGGCUCCCCAGACCCAGUCUCUCCGGAGUCUCCUCAGCAAGAGUGAGGGUGCCGCACCCUCCCUUGGGCCCUGCUGCUGUUGAAACCAGGAACCUGUGAUGGUUUCCUGGGCCUCACCCCCGCUAGUGCAGGUCCCCCCAGGUUGGCAGGCAGCGUUAUUUAUUGAUCCCGAUGCUUUGUGUUUGCCUUGUAUGGGGCAGUCUGAACUUCUGCCCUGAGGCUGGCAAGCCUCUCACAGCCCCCUUCUACCCUGGGUGGGCGAAUCAGAGAAGCCAGAGAGAAGGUGAAAGGAGCCCUCCUCCCACCCGAAUGAAAUGCAGGGAGGUGAAGUUUUCCUCUGCCUGUCCACUGCCCAGCCCAGAAUCUAAUGCUUUCCACCCUGUUCAAUCUCACCUCACUUUCCUCCUCCUACCCUAUUUAUAGAUUAUUUAUUAUUUUCAAUGAAAUAAAACUGUUACUAGCAAGAGACAA